AUGUCCUGUAAAAUAUUGUUGGACAACUAUACUGGUUCUUAUAACACCGGUGACACCAUAAAGGGAAGAUUUCAAGUCAAUUUAAACAGCAGAAAAGAUAUUAGAGGAAUAAAAAUUCGUAUAAAAUGCAAAGAACGCACAGAGUGGACAAAGAGGGAAAGUCACUACAACCACAGGACUAAAAAGCACGAAUCGCGCUACGUGCAGUAUACCGGGGAUAACGAAAUACUGAGCUUGGAGCUAAAAAUGCGCGGCGAAGGUUCAAUUGAGGCAGGCCAACAUACGUUUCCAUUUACGUAUUUUAUAUCACCUGAUUUGCCUUCAACCUACAAUGGCUCUAAUGGAAGCAUUCAUUAUUAUAUUAAAGGGAUUGUUGAUAGGCCCUAUAAAUUUGACUAUGAGGAUAAAGUUUAUUUUUCCGUAUUUUCACCGAUUGAUUUUAACGUGCUUGGUGGUAAUUUACAAGAGCCCAAGGAAGCUGGAGACGAGAAGAGCGUAUGUUGUUUAUGCUGCGCCAGCGGACCAGUAAGCUGCGACGUGUACCUCGACAAAUACGCUUUUGUAAUUGGCGAAACAAUAAACGUAAACAUUAAAAUUUUAAACAUGUCGAAUGUUAGUGUGAAUGUAGUCAGGGUUAAAUUGACGCAGAGGGUUACAUCGAGGGCAACUCAUCCGAAUUCGGAUUCAAGGUACGAUACGGAUACCGUUGCAAAAAACGAGCACAGCGGUGUAGGAGCACAUGGAGAGCACGAAUUCCUCGUCCCUUUGGAGAUACCUCGGCACGCACAGGCCUACAAUUUCUCAUCUUCCACUCUAUUCGAUGUUUCGUAUAAACUUACGGUUUCCUGUGAGCUAGAUGGUUGCCACUCAGAUUUAGAUGUGGGACAUUUUCCGAAAAUAGGACACAUUCCGCAUGUAAAUCAACCAAUAACUCAACAACCCUACAAUGAAGCACAACAAGGACAAGAAGAAUGGGAGGAUGUAGAUGUAACCGUUAAUAUUGGAGAGGAUGUUAACGAACCGCCUCCAUAUGUACCACCAGCUGGUACUAUUGGUUUUGUGGUUCCUCCAGGUGCAAGCGGAGCACCUCCAUACCCUCCAGAAAAAAUGCCUUAUCCUUAUGCGGUACCCCCUGUGCCAUCGGCGCCUUUUGCUGAUCCUAACGCAGCCUCAGCACCGGAAAUGCCACCACCAUCGUAUGGAGAUGCGACCGUGGAGAAACCCCCCAAAUAA